CUCUCAGGCAGGGCGACCCCUCCCACAGCCGUGCACAGCAGCAUGCAACCCGACCUGCAGGUGAACACUUUCUCCACGCACGCUGGCUGCAUCGUUUGCGGAGGGGAGGGUGAAGUUGCCUUAAGGAUUUUUGUUGUUGCUGUUGUUGUUGUUGUUGUUGUUGUUUUAGGAUUCGCAUACGGGACGCGGUCCUGCAUCGCGCGCGGAUAUGAAGGCAGACGUGAAGAUGAUCUGAACAGGCAGCAGUGUGGGCGUAAAGUUUGCUAUCAGAGGCUUAUAAAGCUGACAUGUGGACACCCAGUGAGACAGUAACCUGAGACCCCGUUCUGAGGGAACACCAGGAUGAGUCCCAUUGCCUCACAGCUUUUGGACAGGACCAGUGUUGGAGGCAGCCGUUGGAACCUUGCCUUUGCAGCUUUGCUGCUCGCCCUGUGGCUUGGCUUCUAUCCCUCUGUGGCCACUUGCCCACCCUACUGCCUUUGUGCCAGUGAUAUCAUUUCCUGCAGCGGGUGCAGUCUGUCUGCGCUGCCCUCUGAUCUCCCAAGCUAUGCCACACGGUUGGACCUGAGCCACAAUGUCCUUACUGAACUGUCCGUGGACUGGAUUUCCCAACCGUUCGACCGGCUUGCUACACUGGUUCUCAGCCAAAACUCCAUAAGCCAAAUUGAGGUUAAUGCAUUCACUGUGACGCCACAUCUCCUCCACCUGGACCUCUCUUCCAACCGACUAACAGUGCUGAACUCAUCCAUCUUCACUGGGUUGAAGGAACUGAAAGAGCUACUGCUGUUUGGAAACCAGAUCAUCCAGAUGAACCCAGGGGCCUUCAGCGAUCUUUACAGCCUGCAGAAGCUCUACCUCUCUGGGAACAGACUGACGGCUUUCCCCCUGGGGCUUUAUUGGGAACCUGGAGGGCCCCAUAAUCUGACCUUUCUCGAUCUGUCCUACAACAGGCUCUCCAAGGUGCCCGUCCAGAGCUUGCUAUCUCUCACCCAGCAAGGUGGAAUUUAUUUGCAGGACAACCCUUUGGUCUGCGACUGUGCUUUACUCGCCUUGCAGGAGUAUUGGAUGUGGAAACAGUAUCGCCCCCUGGUGGAAUUCAGAGGUGAAUACCCAUGUAGAGACAAUUCAGGACCAUGGUCUGAAUGUAGCCAGGAUGUAGUUUCAGAUAUGCCCCUUGAGGCACAGACUUACCAAGUAGAGCCUGGUAAAUGGCUAAGAGUGCCAUGCCCAGGGUUUGCCUCUCCAGCCCAGGAGGGCUUGGAUUGGUUCUGGGUUACCCCCAAGACUGUGUUGAAUUCAUCAACCAAUGAUCCAAGUGCCCGACUCAUAGUUUUCCCCAAUGGCACCCUUGAAAUCCAAGGAGCCCUGAUGGAAGAUUCUGGUACGUAUGGGUGCGUAGCUGCCCGUGGGCGCCACUAUGACCCCAAUGAGUCUCCGGAAGUCAGCGUGGUGGUCGGAAACUUAAGCAAGGCCUCCACCAGCGACUUGGCACACAGAAGCAGUGCCGAACAUUUCAACACAGCAUUCACCACCCUGGCUUCCUGUGUGGUCAGCAUCAUACUGGUGCUGCUCUACCUCUACCUCACUCCCUGUCGAUGCCGGGAAAACCGGGAAUCGAGAGGGUGCGGCGGACGGGCCUUCAUCCUCUGUUCAGACCCCAGAGAGGUAGAAUCAGGACAACGGCGGUCAAAUGGAAAAAGGGUGGCUUUCUUAGAGCCUCAAGCAGAGGACUCUGAUAUUGGUAGCCCAAAAACAUCAGCAAUGCAUUUGGGUCAUGUUACCACUGAGGGAAUUCUCAAGAAUGGAAGUAGAACAGUGGGUCAGACGCUUUCAGACCCUGCUCAAAUGGCAUAGCGAGAAAACAACCUUUUGCACAUUCCUGUAUUCUGUAUGUCUGAUCCAAGUGUUUUGUUUCUUUUACUGUAGUCAUGCAUUGUAGGGUUCUGGUGUUUAGUAUGUAGAAUAAAAUGCAGUCUUUUUGUAGACAGAAUUUAAAAUAUGUCUUGAAUGUAAGUAAUGUCUGUUUUUUACAUCAAGAGUUCAUAUGGAAAUCUUACUGUUACCGUGGGAAAUUGUUAUUGCAGGGAUCAAAAAGAUCAUAUAAACGUGGGCGGUGUUUUAAAUUUGAAUGAGAGAAAUAUUCACUCCUGAUUUGAUAUGCUGCUAGAGGCAUUGAUGGUCAUCAUUAUACUCUAUAUGUUUUGUGAAUACUGCCAUCACAGUGACCCAUUGUUAUUUUCAACCACCUGUCUUGUACUGUGGAUCAUUUUUUAAUCAUGUCAGUAAUAAGUGUGAAAUUAUCAGAAUUUUGAGAUAUUGCAGAUCACGCUGUGUCUGCUUAUACAUCCUCUUUGAAUUAUGUGAAUCAAUUAUAAUCUUCUGAAAGUUCCUUUAUCAAAAGCAAAGAAAAACUAUAAAAUGGCAGUAGCCUGCUGUGUUGCUUUGAUGUGGAAACAUAAGAAAAGCAGACUUGUGUUUAGACAAAAAUACAUUUAUUGAACUCCAAAGUUGUGUAAUUCACUUUAAUGGGUCAUAUACUUAAGUUACAAAAAUAUCCUUCCCUUACCACGCAGAGUUUUAUCUGCUUAGGAUUUUGAGAUUAUCAAUCUCUUAUAAUUUCCAAUUUCCAGUCUCCACACCAAUACAAUGGAGGUGAAUGGAGUUUGAAGCUGCAUUAAUCAAUUUCUUUGCUAACAAUAAAUCAAACUGCAUGUAAUGUGAAAGGGGGUCACUCAAAGGGACAAACACUUAUUUUAACACUCUGUACAUUUCUUAUCAGCUCUCAAAAGGAUUUUAACGUUUUUCAUGUUCAUUUCAAUGGUACGCAAAUAUAAUGUUUUGGCUCAGUCCCACCCCAUUCAUCAAGCCUGUUUAAGCCACAGAAGGCAGCUUUUUUUGUUGUUGCAAAAAGCACUAAUAAACCCUUUAUCUCAUGUACCCAAUGCAGUAAUCCAAAGUACCUCUAGGGGUACCCAAAACUCUAUUUAAAAAGUAGGUCAUUGGUUCCCAAAGUGGGGUAUGUGAGCCCCGGAGGUGACAUGGAGGGGGAAAAAACGAGAAAAAAAAAAAACUCUUGCGUAAGUUUAAUUUGCGAGUAGCGCACUAACUAGUAUCUAGCUAGGUAUUAGCACAACAUGAUUACUUCUUCUUGGUUGUCUAAAUACAUCAUUUUUUUGAUAAGCAUUACUAAUUAAUGCAUGCCAAAGUGAAGUGUUAUAAUGGACAUAGUUGUUGACUAUUGAUGUCAAUGACUGCAUGCUAACCUUAGUAGCAAGCUAGUGUCUAGCUAGUAUAAUGACAUGAUUACGUCUCCUUGGUUGUCUAAAUACAUCCAUUGUUUAUUUUGAUACGCAUGUAAACGAUCAGGAACAACAAAAAUACAAUGUUACAAAACGACGAUUUCAUGAGUUUGCCACAUAACUAGUUAGCUAGCUAUACCAUGGCUGUAUUAAGAGAACAAACUAACUAUACUUGUAAGAGACACGAGAAAGAAGCUCAUGAACGAGCAUGUUGCUAUGACAACACAAACUAGCGCUAUUGACCUCAACAGUCAACAACAUUGUUCAUUAUAACACUUCUGUUUGGCAUAUAUUCAUUAAAAAUGUUUAUCGAAAUUAACGAUGAAUGUAUUUAGACAACCAAGGAGAUGUAAUCAUGUUAUGCUACAAGCUAGAUACUAGCUAGCUACUAAGAUUAGCCUGCAGUCAUUGACAUCAACAGUCAACAACAAUGUCCAUUAUAACACUUCACUUUGGCAUUUAUUAAUUAGUGAUGUAUGCUACUAGCUAGCUACUAGUUAGCUACUACGAUUAGCCUGCAGUCGUUGACAACUGUCAACAACAAUGUCCAUGCUCAUCAAAAUAAACAAUGGAGGGGGGGGUCGUACGCAGCUUGACGAUAAAAGGCUGAAGGGGUACAGUAGGCCUACUUCUGUUCUUAAGUAAAUCUGGAAUCACUGAUCAAUAUAACAACAAUUCUUCAAUGCUGUCAGACCACAUACAAUAUUCCAUUUCCCUUCAUUUUAUUGGUAAGGAAGCAAAUAAAAUAUCAAAAAAGUAUUAGGCUACUAGACAAUACAGUCCCCAGUUCUCCAAAGGGGUGUGAAGAUUGACAUUUGAGCCAGCUGGACACUUGUCAACCUGAUCAUUGUUCCAUCUCUGCUGGGGGGGAGGCUCCAGUCAGCCAAGAUUAGUGCCACAGAAAUCAGAAGGACGGUUGUUUGUUGCUCCGGGCCCGCCGUGACCCACAUUCCUCUGUCCUUCCUUGAUUGUUUUAAAGGUGAGUGAAAUCACUUCCAGGGGGCCAGUAGCCUUGUUAAAGUUUUCAUGCUCGCACUGUCUGGAUAUAAACUUAAGAUACUGCAUGUGUUCUGUUAGAUAUUAAAAACAGGAUGCAAUUCAACUAGAGCAGUGAAGGUGAAGCUUUUCACAUGGCUAGAAUGACUGAUAUUUGCAGAUAAAUGAAAUAAAUUGUUUCAAUUUGGA